CUGGCUGCGGACGGACUGCAGUGCAAGGAGCUCGAGCACGGACUUCCGGAGACGCAAUUCACUGGCAUGACGCUGGACCGCGCUACCGGGCGGAUCUCAGUCGGCCACCGCCGCUGCUGGAAGGUGCGGCUUGCUACCGCAGCUCUCCUGGAGGACGGGUAUGCAUCGGGCAAGUCGCUUCACCGCAUCGUGGGCCACUUCGCCUGGUCCGCCAUCCUGAGGAGGUGCUUGCUUAGCAUUCCGCAUGCCAUCUACCGCUUUAUAGACUUCGCAGGGGGCAGUCGCGUGAGGCUCUGGCCCGCUGUGAUGAAGGAGCUUCGUUGGAUGAUGGUGUUGCUGCCCCUUGCCUACCCCGACAGCAAGAGGCCCCGGUGCCAGUUGGUGUCAGCGUCCGGCUCAGAGGGCGCCAACGCCACAGACAAUGGGGGCUUCGGCAUAGUAGCUAAGCGCUACACAGUUGACAAGGUGAGAGCUUGGGGGCGUCAGAGCGAGCGCUGGAGGUUCUUUGUCGAGGACGCCGCGCAUGCACGUCAGCGAGCUUUCGAUGGCGCCGAGAAGCCUCAGCUAGGCUCCAGCUCAUUGGCCGACAUACCGCCCGAUGAGGUACCUUUAGAGCUGCUUGAUGUGCAUCGAGAUAGUAUAGGUGACUUCAACUCUCGGGGACUGAAGGUGCGAGGGCGCUGGCGCGUAGCCGAGAACAUCACUUCCUCGGAGGGGCGCGCCACCGUUAUUGCUGCCAGAAAUCGUCUUCGAUCAGUGCGCCAGUUCUCUCAUCGUCACCUCUUCUUGGGAGACAAUCUUGGCUUUGUCCUGGCGCAGGGGAAGGGGCGUGCUAGCAGCGCUACCAUCGAUCGACAUUGUCGCCAGCUGGCCGCUCUGUCCAUGGCGUCAGACUCAGACUUCGUGUCCAGGUGGGUACCCUCAGAGUUCAAUCCUGCCGACGCCGCUUCACGGUUCAAGUCGGGGCCGCCCGUUCAGGGCGGAGGCGGCUGGCGUGAUGCUCGCCCCCCUUGUGCAGCCCGAGAUGGCGAGGCGCGCGCCGCACUCCGGGCUGCUGUCGACGAGCUCGCCAGGGCCGAUGCCGAUUCGGGCGCCCUUUUCGAGUUCGAUGACGCGGACUGGCAUCCGAGCAGCGGGCCUUGCCCGUUGGGAUCACCAGGCGAUUGGCACAGCUGGGACGAGGAUGGGUUCUACGAGGCCAGCGACAACGGCCUGCCCCUGAGCACCACCGACGACAUUUCCACGGCGAUGCUCGAAAACCUGGAGGACCUGUACUUCACGGGCCACAGCCACGACUCGGGCGAGAAGGUGAUCGCAGCUCUCGAGCACAGGGUGCCUGGGACCCGCAGCGGCAAGGUGCUGGAGCGGGCCAAGAUGGCGCUGAAGGGCUUCAGGCGUUUGGCUCCAGCCCUCCAGAUGGGCGAGCUGGAGUUCGGCCAGUGCCUGAUCUUCUUGUUCCGCACGUACCUGAGGCCGAGCGAGUGCUUGGGGCUGGAGGUCAAACAGCUCAUCCCGCCGCUGCCGGGCUCGGGCACGACGUGCUGGGCGCUGUUGUUGGCCCCCGAGGAAGAGGCGAUCUCCACGAAGACCAAGGAGUUCGACGGGAGCCUCCUGCUCGACAGCCCAGAGCUGGUCUUCUUGUACCCGCGAUUCUCCACCUUGAAGAAGCGCUCUGGCCACGAGAACGCGGUCGCCGAGCUCGCGGGACCAGGCCAGUCGAAUCUCGACCCGUACACGACGAGGCACGGCGGCGCCAGCGACGACGCCCUACGCCAGACCCGCAGCAUGGAGGCCAUCAAACGACGCGGUCGCUGGGCAGCGGACACCUCGGUGAAGCGCUACGAGAAGCACGCCAGGGUUUUCAAGUCGCUCGAGUGCCUGCCCGAGAAGGCCCGCGACUACGGCCUGGCGGUGGAGCGUCAGCUGGAGGCCCUUCUGUCGCUCCAGGCGCGGGUGCCCGCGCCGCCCGGCCUGCGCAGCAAGCGACUGAGGCCAGCCCUGGAGU